AUCCUCCUACGGGAAAGGGAGGCCAUGUUGGUCUCGUCGAAUCCAUUGUAAAGCUUCAAAAAUACGACGAGGUACGAGUCUUGCCAGUCUAUCAGCACACCUUUUCCUCCAAGCGAAACCAACUUAUAGAUUACUCUCAUCGGGUUGCCAUGUGCGAAUUGGCAUUCUUGGGAACUGAAGCGGAGACGCAGCAGCAGCGACAACAACAGCAAGAUGGAAAAAAAGUAACAGAGGGCAAACAUAACCCAAGAAGAACAAAUGUGAUCGUUUCUCGAGCCGAAGAAGAUUCCUUCCGACGGAUGUGUUUGGAUACCAUGACUGACGAAGAAAAGGCCUCCCUUAGGGUGGGGACGGCAGAUUUACUGGAAAUGUUGAUCAAACAGGAAAAAGAAAAAAAUGAUCACAAUACAACAGAAUUUUCCUUUUGUUUGGGUGCCGAUACCUUCAUGGACCUAACUGAUUGGAAAUGGAAACGUUCGAAGGAUGUCUUGAAGUUAUUGGGGGGACGCUUGGUAGUCGUCAAUAGAAAGCAACAACGGAAAGCAGCCCCAAUAAUAGACGGGAAUCGACGGCAAUUACAAAAACCAGAAGAAAAGACAACCGAGGAAUCGUUGAAGGAACGAGUUAAUCGAUUAAAUUCGACACAGUUAGCCAACGGUGAAAUAUUAGUAUUAGACCUCCCGAAUCUAGAUGAUGUAUCAUCCUCCAAGGUACGGAAUUGUCGCGACAAAGACGUCGCGAAAAAGUUGAUUCCAAACAAGGUGCUUGACUAUAUUGUUUCACACAACUUGUACGGAUUUGGUGACGAGGAUGAUGGGGAACAAAAGGAUGAUGCAAUGAAAGGAUGAAGAAGAGGAAGAAAAUAUAGAAUAAACAUAGAU